GAUCACUCCAGCUCAACUUGUGCAUCUCAUGCAGACUCACAUCAGGGCUUGCAUUGGACAGGAUCAGGCUACCCAGGGUUUGGUGUUAUGAAAAUGUGUUUUUUGCCAUGUUAAUAGUUCAACGAUUAACUGAGGAAGAAGGACACGCACUGUGCUGGACAAACACGGACUGAGACUCCUCACUGUCCUGCUCUCACCUGCUGAAUCAGACAUGGGGAAAGUCUACUACAUCAGUAAAAAUGUGGGCCUUGCAAUGCUUGUAUUAGCGUUCUGUGCAUUGGCCACAAUUAUAGCUUUGUCCGUUGCUUAUAACAACGAAAGAGUCAAGAAUCGUAGCAGACCUGGAGGUGGAGCAACAGACAACACCAGCCUGCCUACACCCCCGACUACACCCUUCACCCCAAAGGAGCCCUGGGACCACUACAGACUUCCAGACUCCCUGGUUCCUGUCUCUUACAAUGUGACCCUGUGGCCACGGCUGGAGCCCAACGCAGAAGGCCUGUACAUCUUCACUGGACGCUCAGCAGUGAUCUUUAAAUGUGUGAAGGAAACGGACCUCAUCAUCAUCCAUUCCAAUAAGCUGAACCUCACUGGGCAACAGGCUAGGCUGGGUGGCCUGGGUCAUGUCUCUGCGCCCGCUGUACGGAAGACUUGGUUUGUGGUGAAGACAGAGUUUCUGGUUCUUCAGCUGCACAGCAGACUCUCUGCAGGAGCGACCUAUGUACUUCACACUGAGUUUCAGGGAGAGCUGGCGGACGACCUGGAGGGCUUCUACAGGAGUGAAUACGUUGAGGCUGGUGUCAAGAGAGUUGUUGCUACCUCGCAGAUGCAAGCAACGUACGCCAGGAAAUCCUUCCCUUGCUUUGACGAGCCAGCCAUGAAAGCUGUCUUCAACGUCACGAUCAUUCACGACCAAAGCAAAGUGGCUCUGUCCAACGGCAUGGAUAUUGGUGCUGCAGACACUGUCAUCGAUGGCAUUCCUGUCAGAGUAACUACAUUUGAGCCCACAGAGAGAAUGUCCACAUAUCUGCUGGCAUUUAUCGUCAGUGACUUUGUCAGCAUUCAGUCAAACCUAAACAACGAUCUGCUGAUCCGAAUCUGGGCUCGGAAAUCAGCCAUAGAUGACGGGCAGGGAGACUACGCUCUCAAUGUAACGGGGCCAAUCCUUCAGUUCUAUGAGCACUACUACAACGCUACAUAUCCACUCUCCAAGUCAGAUCAGAUAGCUCUGCCCGACUUCAAUGCUGGAGCCAUGGAGAACUGGGGCCUGAUCACAUACAGGGAGACGGCUUUGCUCUAUGACCCCAUCUUAUCCUCCACUGGAAACAAAGAGAGAAUUACAACUGUCAUCGCCCAUGAACUUGCACACAUGUGGUUUGGCAACCUGGUGACACUGCGAUGGUGGAAUGACCUGUGGUUAAACGAGGGCUUUGCAUCGUACGUAGAAUACUUGGGUGCAAACCAUGCUGAGCCCACCUGGAAUAUGAAAGACCAGAUCAUUCUAUCUGACGUGCACAAGGUUUUCCAAGUGGACGCCCUCGCCUCCUCUCACCCGCUGUCCCGCCGAGAAGAGGAGGUCAACGACCCUCCACAGAUCAGCGAGAUGUUUAACACCAUCUCCUACAGCAAGGGAGCGGCCGUGCUGAGGAUGCUGUCAGAGUUUCUCACUGAGCCUGUGUUUGCCAGAGGACUCAGUUCCUACCUGAACACAUUUGCCUUCAGCAACACGGUGUAUACAGACCUUUGGGACCAUCUCCAAGAGGCAGCUGACAACACACCAGGUUUUCAUAUUCCAGCCACUGUCCAUGACAUCAUGAACCGCUGGACCCUCCAGAUGGGCUUUCCAGUGGUCACUAUUGACACCCGGACAGGAAGUAUCACUCAGAAACACUUCCUGGUGGAUCCAGAAUCUGUUGUGGAGAGGCCCUCUCAGUUCAAUUAUACAUGGUAUGUCCCCAUUAAAUGGAUGAAGACAGGAGUGGAGCAGCAGCAGUACUGGCUUCUUCAGAAGACAGAAACCAACAGUCGGAUGAGGGUGUCAGGAAACGACUGGGUGCUGGCAAACACCAACGUAUCUGGAUACUUCAGGGUGAACUAUGAUCUUGACAACUGGGAUCGUCUUCUGUCCUCGCUCAGCACCAACCACCAGGCCUUAUCAGUCAUCAACAGAGCACAGAUCAUAGAUGAUGCCUUCAACCUAGCAAGAGCUAAAAUAGUAAGUACAACAUUAGCCCUGACAACCACCAAAUACCUGCACAAGGAGAGAGACUACAUCCCCUGGGAGUCAGCUCUAGCAAACCUCAACUACUACAUCCUCAUGUUUGAUCGCACUGAGGUCUACGGAGCUUUACAGGCAUACCUCAAGAAGCAGAUACAGCCACUUUAUGAGCACUUCAAGGCAACAACAGAUAACUGGACCAAAAUACCAACAGGCCACACUGACCAGUACAAUCAGAUGAAUGCGAUCGGGGUGGCCUGUAGUGUGGGUGUGGGAGAAUGUAGAGAGUUGAUCCAAAGAUGGUUCAGAGAGUGGAUGGCCAAUCCAAGUCACAACCCGAUCCAUCCCAACUUGAAAAACACAGUUUACUGCAGUGCCAUAGCUUAUGGUGGCGUGGAAGAGUGGGACUUUGCUUGGACCAUGUUCAAGAACUCUACACUGGCCUCUGAGUCUUCCAGGCUGAGGGCAGCCAUGAGCUGCGCCAAGGCACCUUGGCUUUUGAACAGGUAUCUGGAAUACACCCUGGACCCGACUAAGAUCCGAAAGCAGGACGCCACCUCCACCAUUCAGCGUAUCUCACAAAAUGUUGUAGGAAUGCCUCUGGCCUGGAACUUCAUCAGAGCUAAAUGGAGCUACAUUUACAAGCAGUAUGGAACAGGAUCAUUUUCCUUCGCUAGUCUUAUCAAUGGAAUCACAAGGAGAUUCUCCACAGAAUUCGAGCUACAGGAGCUGAAGAAGUUUAAAGAGGACAACCUCCAUGUUGGUUUUGGCUCAGCCACCUUGGCCCUGGAGCAGGCCAUUGAAAAGACCACAGCCAACAUCAGAUGGGUGGCAGAGAACAAAGCCCAGGUGCUGCGGUGGUUUACUGACGAGUCCAAGUGAGAAGACUUGAGAAGUCCAAACUACAUUAAGUCUUGUUGAAUUUACUGUCAGGGAUAUGUAAUACUAAAGGUAAUAAUCAUCAGGAACAUCAAAGGACCAGUCCCUUUUUUAAGACAACUGGUUCGACAGUACAACAGUGUGCAACAGAUUCAGUGUAAAGUAACUGGCAUAAGAUGACUUGACUACAUGAUUCAAUGUAUGUUUCAUAGUGGUGAAUGAAUAAAUGUAACUGCCAUCUCUGGUUGUCCUUUGACUCUAUUAACAGUUAUUUCUACUGUCAAAAUGCUUUAAUCUGUUUCUUUUCAUUUCUUCAUACUUCACUUUAUAAGGUCUUGCUUACUACAGUGUAUUGAAUCCAUUUAAACCACAAACAUGAACCAUGAAUCUCAGUAUGGAACACCAGAGCAGCUACAGCGAUCACUGGGACUGAUCUUACAUCAUAUUAUGAUGAGUAAAGUAAUCAUGGAGGAAUGUUAACUGCCUGACCAUACAAACGUUUUACUUCAUUUCAGAGUGACUGUGUGUUGGUGUGUACCUCAAAGUUUUCUUUGCUCUGCUUUUUUCCUCUAAAUUAGCAUUUCCUGAGGCUCCCUCUAUGUUAAGUCUGCAAACUGGGUAUCUUUACAUUGAGAAUCGUAUUGCACUUGAUUUUGUAAAAAGUGAACUUACUGAAUAAAAAAUACCCAGAUUUCUAUUAAA